AAGCGCCGCAGGGCCAUCACGGCGCGCAGACAGCACCUGAAGAGCAUCAUGCUCCAGAUCGCAGCCACGGAGCUGCAGGAGGAGGAGAGCCGGCGGGAGAAGGAGAAGGAGAGCUACCUGUCGGAGCACUGCCCACCGCUGCACACCCCCAGCUCCAUGGCCGAGGUGCAGGAGCUCUGCCAGCAGCUGCACGCCAAGAUCAACGUGGCCGAGGAGGAGAAGUACGACAUGGAGGUGAAGGUCCAGAAGAGCAGCAAGGAGCUGGAGGACAUGAACCAGAAGCUGUUUGACCUGAGAGGCAAGUUCAAGAGGCCCCCGCUGAGAAGGGUGCGCAUGUCGGCCGACGCCAUGCUCAAGGCGCUGCUGGGCUCCAAGCACAAGGUGUGCAUGGACCUGAGGGCCAACCUCAAGCAGGUCAAGAAGGAGGAGACCGAGAAGGAGCGGGACCUGCGUGACGUGGGAGACUGGAGGAAGAACAUCGAGGAGAAGUCGGGCAUGGAGGGCCGCAAGAAGAUGUUCGAGUCCGAGUCCUAGGCCGCCCGCCGCCCGCUCCCGCCCGAGGCCCUCCGAGUCCGGCUUGGCUCCUGUCAAUAAAGGAUUCCAACCCCCA